UAUCAACCUCCUCCUCCAACCUCCUUCCAGUUCUUCCACAUUACGAUGCUUGCGUCUCGGCCCGUGCAGCACCUUCAACAUCACGACUAUCUCAACGCGAAGACGCCUGGACGCGAAAAUUCUGGCGUCCAUCGAGGAGUUGGUGGCGCUAAGACUGUGCAAGGCAAAGGGAGGUUAGGUGUUGCUGGGGCUGUCUCACAAAAGGACCUUGCCAAGACUGCUCCCCGACUCGUAACUCAAACUCAAAGCCGACCGCUUCCCUUGGGCGACAAGACACCGUUCCCCAACCAAGCUAGUCGAUUCGUAACGCCUCUGCCUGGCGAGGAGAAAAUAGCCAAGCUUAAUCUCGGACUUGCUCUCAACACCAUCGACUCCAAGCCAUCAGCGCCAACGUUUGCUGGGACCACCCCAGACAGUGUAUUGCGGCCAAGUUCUUCUCGCCGUCAUGGUCGUACCCCCCGUAUCAGCGGGGGUGCGUUGGUGGGCAAGACGAGUUUUGUUACGCCGAUGAAUAGCGGGAGGCACUGGGAUGUUGACGAGGGAGAUAUUCCAGUAGAACUUGCAGCACCUGCUCCCGAGCCAGCAGAGGAGGACGAUUACGACGACAUUGAGUACAUGCCCCCUAAACUUGACCUUCAGUAUACUCCUCCGCUCGACUUCGAAAUUCCCGAUUAUAGCCAAGCCGGCAAGGCCCUCCUCGAACGAAUGCAUUCCUUCCCACUGGCGUCCGAAGACUACCUGUCUUUACCAGAGCCGACCUUCACUUCUGAAAACCUUCAUUGUGUCAUCGACUUGCCACUGUCUGAUACAAAUCUGAGUGAUGAUUUGGACCUCAGCUUGGAGGACCCGUUCGCCCCGAAGUUAUCGAAUGCUAGGGCAACAGUUGCAUCCAGAGCACCCUCCCGUCCCGCUUCGACCUUACGACAAGCCUCAACUCUAUCCAGCGCUCGCAGCCAUGCUCCGGUACCUGUGACCCGGGCACGGAAUGCGCGGCCCAUCCCAACCAGUCGACCUAUCGUAAACUCGACCACAACAACAACAAUGGCAACGAAGAGUAUUCGCUCUACAGCUACAUUGACCACGAGGACAACGACUAGUACAAAAUCAGGACCAACGCAACGAGCCGUUAGUGUGGCUGCGAAUAUUCGACCAAAGCCAGUCGCUCGUCCGACCCAUUCACGAACCCUUUCGGCAUCAGCUUUGCCACCAACAGCAAUGCGUUCGACAGCUGGACAGUCUGGUCCUCGAGCUGGUCAAAACAUCGGCGCGAAAAGUCUCCAGGUGGCCGACAAUUUCACCAGCAUUUUGGGAAGCAGUGGAGAAGAUACGACGGCAGAAGAUUUCUUGUUUUCCUGUUGA